AUGACGAGCGAUGUAUCAAUAGGCGGCCUCUAUCCGCAGUACUGCCUGCAACUCUCCCCAACCUUCAACACAUGGUGCCUCAUGCAGGCAGCCGACGUCCACGCCCUGAAAACUGUGCCUGAAUAUGAAGUUCAAAACUUUUAUUUCUACAAGAACCUACCUAUCAAAUGGGCACGCAUCGUCGGCAUUGUCGUAGCUGUGGACGACUUCCCGGGCCGACGCAUCUACACGGUUGACGACAGCAGCGGGGCCUGCAUCGAAUGCACAGUCGCGACAAAGACACCGCCGUCCGACAAAAUUGCUACCAACCUCGAAGCCAACGGAUGGUUCACCAAACGGCCGCAGCCGCAGCCUCCAGCGGACUGCGUCGAUGUAGAUGUCGGCACCGUCAUCGAUAUCAAGGGAGGGCUAGCGAGGUUCCGCGAGGAGAUGCAGAUCAGGAUUGAGAAGGUCAAGAUCCUCCGGUCCACGGAGGGAGAGGUGGCGCUGUGGGAGAAGCGCACGCGGUUCCGGAACGAGGUGCUUCAGCCGCCCUGGGUGCUUAGUGAGAGGCAGAUUCGGAAGUGCAAGAAGGAAGGGAUGAGGGAUGCCGAGAGCGAGGAGAGGAAGCGCAAGAGGGAGAGGAGGCGGGCGGAGAGGAAGAAGGAGGAAGAGGAGAUGCGACGCAAGACUGAGGCUGCUGAGGCUGCUGCAGCGCAGGAGAAUCGGUACCGUGCCUAUAAGUUGAAGAAGGCAGAUGGAUCGCGACCGAUGACACAGGCUAGCCAAGUCGUCGCGUCGAUUCCGACUGCUGCUACGGUUGCGGCUGCACCUGUCGUGGAGGAUCGAUACCGUGCCUACAAGUUGAAGAAAGGAGACGGUUCACGCCCGAUUGCGCGUGCUAACCAAGUCGUCACAGCGGUUCCAACUGAGGCUAUGGCUGCGCCGGUCAUGGAGGACCGAUAUCGUGCCUACAGUCUGAAAAGGGGUCACUCAACCCAAGAACAGCAGCCACAGCGGAUCCCCGCCCCGACUCCAGACACGGAAGACCGUUAUACAGCCUACAAGAUCAAGAAAGGAGGAGACAGUCGGCCGGUCAUAAGGUCUGAUGCUACGACUAUUGACACCAUUGCUGCUGCUGCCGUGGAAGAUCAGUAUCGUGUUUACAAGGUGGGCAGGUCUGGGGCUAAUAGCCUGGAGAAGAAAAGAUGA